AUGCCGCCGCAGCUGGAGUCCCAAAGUGGAGGUAGUGACGAGGAUGAGGAGGGCAGACGAUUGGAGUACCAAGAGUUGGAUCCGUUGCGGCUGACCACACUGAUCCUGAGCUCGGAUCCGCGGUACCGAAUCAAGCCAAUGCAACAGGUGGUCUCCGCACUCAUCGGCGGCCUCAUCACGACCUUUGUGGUAACGCCCCUGGAGGUGGUGAAGACCCGGGUGCAGACCCAGCACGCCAUCCGCCAGCGACCGACUGUCUCCAGGCUCUGCUACGUCUUCCACAAUGGCCUGAUGACCCACGUUUGCCGCUCCAGCGAUAUUUGCAUACCGAAACCGGGCCGGGACCCCCGAAAUCUUCAGCCCCUGCGCGGCGCCAUGGACGCGUUUGUCAAGAUUGUUUGCAGCAGUGGUCUGAGCGGCCUGUGGGCGGGCCUCAGUCCCACUUUGGUCUCGGCCCUGCCCUCGACGAUUAUCUACUUCGUGACCUACGAGUACCUCAAGAAUUCGCUGACCCAAAUCUACUUGGACUCGCACAAAUUUGAGGCGGAGGCCGAGCAAGUGCCCGGCGCCAAUGGCGGGGAUCCUUUGGACCUGGCCACCAGGAGUCGGAAUGUGAACGCCAAUGCCCAGGUGGUGCCCAGUGAACCGCUGCCCUGCUACGUGCCCAUGGCCUCGGGCAUCUGCUCGCGCACCAUUGUUGUGACGGCCAUCACUCCCAUUGAGAUGGUGCGCAUCAAGAUGCAGUCCGAGGUUACGAUGACCUACUCGGAGCUGUGGCGCGUGCUGCGCUCGCUGAUCCGCCAGCACGGCAUCCUGGGGCUGUGGCGGGGCUGGCCGCCCACGGUGAUGCGGGACGCCCCCUUUUCGGGUACCUAUUGGGCGGCAUACGAGGGGAUGAAGCGGGCCUUCGGCGUCACGGAGCCCAGCUUCCUCUUCAGCUUCCUCACGGGCGCCGUCGCCGGAGCGGUUGCUACCUUUGUGACCAUGCCCUUUGACCUGAUCACCACCCACACCCAGAUUGAGUUGGGUCAGGAUGUGCUCUACGAGGAGGUGGGAGCGGCGGGAUCGGGAUCGGCAGCGGGAGCAGGUCCUGCGCCAAGGACCGCGACUACUACUACUGCCAUUUCCAGGCCGUCGAUGUUUUCACGGCUGCGCCACAUCUACCGGCAGCAGGGUGUCCGGGGCCUCUACGUCGGCGUGGUGCCGCGCAUGCUCCGUGUUGUUCCCGCCUGCGCCAUCAUGAUCUCCACGUUCGAGUACAGCAAGUCGUUCUUCUUCCACUACAACCUGGAUCUCCAGGAAGCGGCCUACCGGGGCUCCCAGUGAUCGGAAGAGCAAGUGCAUCCCGCCAUGGCGAAGAGGGAGGUCUGCGCCCACUUUGCGGCUGCCAGCGCGGCACUGGCG